UGUACCGGAGGAGCGGCUUGUGUAACAGCUGUAUCAUUUAGUUGCACCGACAGCAACCAGUUGCGCCAGCACCGUGCCUUGUUGAAAUGUCCCGUACGCAGAGGAGGCGGCGCAUGCAGCGGCCUCUCAGCGCAACAGGGGUCGAGAAAUAGUUCAAGAUACUCGGACUCAGUUUGUGAACAGCGGUGUUUACGUGCGUAUGUUUUUGCCGUAGCUGUAGCCACUUUUUGGAGGAAUGAGAGGCGUAUGCUCGGCUCUCAAAAUGGGAUUGUUUUUGCACGCUGUUGGCUCUGUCACCCCCACCGAGUCCGUAGCAGAAAGGAGCCUGCUGCACUGUGAAGGCAUUAACAACCAGAGCUACAUCUGUGAGUCCGGUCACUGCUGCGGGGAGUCUCAGUGCUGCAGCUACUACUACGAGCUCUGGUGGUUCUGGUUGGUCUGGGCGAUCAUCUUCAUCUUGAGCUGCUGCUGCGUGUGCCACCAUCGCCGCACCAAACACCGGCUGCAGCAACAACAACGGCAGCACGAGAUCAACCUCAUCGCUUACCGCGAAGCACACAACUACCCCUCCGUGCCCUUCUACUUCAGGUUUCUGCCAAACUACCUCCUGCCUGACUAUGAAGAGGUGGUCAACCGACCACCAACUCCUCCCCCUCCAUACAGUGCCUUACACACAGGCCCAACCUCAGUGGCUUCCAGUCCACUGGCUCCCGAGCAGCAGGAGGGACACUGUCCGACCAUCCAGCCCACUCCGGUUCCUCCCGUGUCUGACAGUCUGUGUUGUAGACCCAAUGUAGAGGAACCACAACCCCCCACCUUAGACUUUAGGCCAAAGCCUGACAACAAGCCCACACAGACAACACAAGAUUCAGGUGUGAUACUGCUGUCGGAUGGGCUGAAUAGAGAAGGACUUACCAGCCAGGAGAAAAGAAGUGGAAAUGGGGAUGAUUCCUGCAAGGACCCCAUGCUGAAGGACCUGUCAGAGGACAAAGAUCGACUCCCCAAUGGAAGGAGGAGGCGAUUCACAGGGGACUCCGGGAUUGAGGUGUGUGUGUGCGGCACGCGUGGUAGCGGUGGUUUCAGUGGAGCUGGAGGAACAGGCCAGGAAGGCAAGGAGUUGAGGGAGCUGGAGAGCCUGCUGGGGCACGAGAGAGACGAGGAGGAAGAGGAGGAGGAGGAGGCGGACGAGGAGGGGGGCGACUUUUGCGACAGCUGUGGUCAUCAAGCCUCCUUCAGUUUGGAGGAGGAGCAGGGGCUGGGCGGCCCGGAGAGGCGGGCCGCAUGUGGGCCGCCAGGUCCUCCUCAGCCGGCUCACCAGCUAGGCAGCGCCUCCCUCCACCCCCCGUUGUGCCUUCUCCUCCACACCAUCAACGAGCAGGAGGGGCCACACCACAGCACCAGCACUGAGCCGCAGGGCUGAAACGCAGUUAACGCACCUUUGUGUCGUAGAGGGAAGGAGAACACUUGACACAGAGCAUGGAGGCAUAUGCUUUUGUAUCCGAGCAAGCAUCCAAGUGCUUGAUGUCUAAAUACUUUCUAGGUGAGUAUUUUUAUGAAUGUGUGCAUCUUAAAUGAAACAGGUGUGGGAGCAGGAAGUGGAGUCUCAGCUGAAGAUGACUUGAGAUCCAGCGGUUGAGAAGGCCCGCUCCUCCCCAUGCUGGAACAGUGGCCUUAACCUGUGUAUUUUGGGUUAUAUUUGGGCAGUACAAGCCCUUUUAACAGCCUGUGGCAAAUGAGACUUCUCACACUGCACACUUGUAUAGACACACACAUACACACACAGCCAUUCUGUUGUCCUACUCAUGCAAUGGAAGCUACUGAUACACAUUCAAAGACUUGACAGCUGAAGCUGUGACAUCAGGACAGGACAAUCGCUGCCCAGGAUGAACGCAGCUCUCCUCACCAGGUGCUUGCAACAAUUCUGCAAAGCCGUUCUCUGCAGGCAGUAAACCACAAAGUAAAAAAAAAAAAUCACAUUUUGGAUGAGUGCAAUGUGGAAUUACCACAGUGUGUGCUCAUGCAAA